GCGAGCCGCCGGAUAGCGGGUGACGGCGCUGACGUCACACCCCUCAUUUGCAUACAUUUACCUUUGCGCCCCGCGGCGGCCAAUCAGCGGGCGCCGCUCACCUGCUGCGGCCGCACCCGCAGGCGGCCGGGGGCGGGGCCGCGGCCUCCUGGCGGAGCGGCUGCCGCGCGGGGCGGCGGCGGAGCAGCGAUGGCGUGCGGGGGCUUCGCCUGCUCCAAGAACUGCCUGUGCGCCCUCAACCUGCUCUACACGCUGGUGAGCCUGCUGCUGAUUGGAAUUGCAGCAUGGGGAAUUGGCUUUGGCCUCAUCUCUAGCUUCAGAGUUGUUGGAGUGGUAAUCGCAGUAGGAGUCUUCCUCUUCUUUAUUGCCUUAGUUGGAUUGAUCGGUGCAGUGAAACAUCAUCAAGUACUGCUGUUCUUUUACAUGAUUAUUCUUCUGCUAGUCUUUAUUGUCCAGUUUUCUGUCUCCUGUGCCUGUUUGGCACUAAAUGAGGAACAGCAGAGUGAACUUCUAGAGGUGGGAUGGAGUAACACCAACAGCGCAAGAACAGAUAUUGAGAGAAAUCUGAAUUGUUGUGGAUUCAGAGUUUUUUAUCCGAAUGAAACCUGUGCCGCUGAUUGUCUUCGAACCCUGCACUGUAGACCAUGUGCACCAAUAAUGGAAGAAUAUUCUGGAAUGGUGCUGAGAUUUGUCGGAGGGAUAGGACUCUUCUUCAGUUUCACAGAGAUUCUGGGAGUCUGGCUGACUUACAGAUACAGGAACCAAAAGGAUCCCCGUGCAAACCCUAGUGCAUUUAUUUGAUGAGUUUAUAAAGGACUAAGUCUUCUCUCUGCACCCUCUACUUAAAAAUACUGAUUCUUCAUAGUUUGGUAUUGCUCCAUAAUAAGUAUUCUACAUGUACUCAAAAUAAAACACAAGUCCUGUAAGAAAUGUGUAGUUUUCAUAUUUAAUUUCUACUGUUUUUCUUCUAAGAAUCUAUAUCUUAAAGUAGAUGGGUGCAUUCAGUAGCUGGGCAGAGUAGAACUGCUGGUUAAGACUUUGUUAAUUGUUAUGGUAAACUCUAUACAAUGAGUUUUAUAGCACUACUGGGUUAUCUGCUGUAAAAAAAACUCCUAGAGGUAUUUUCUGCUGUAUUCAUUGAUUACAAAAAUUCACAUGAAUUCUCAUUAAAGUGAUAAAAAUUUA